AUGGAUUCCUUAGUACUAUAUAUAUCGAUAUUAAUUUGCAUAUUAUGCUUUCAAAAUAUUUACGUGCAAGUAAAACGAAAUGGGUUCGUUCUUAUCUUUUAUAGCGUCUCAAAUUCCUUUUACUCACUUUCAUAUGUACUUGGUGGCUUAACUCUAAAUAAUGGAUUCAAAAUUGAAAGUGCAACGGAAGCGGAAAAAUAUGCGUGUUUAAUAAGUGGUUUGGCAUUAUCACUAAGUUCAGUAGCAAUCGCAGGUUUAGCUUUAGCCUUAUCAGUAGAAUUGUUCGUUUCUUUAAGAUUGACAAAUCCCGCUGCGAGACAAGACCCAAGAAUCAAAAGGUUGAAUAUAUGUUUGGCAUUCUUCAUUCCAUUUGUAUCGGUUUUUUCUGGUAUCAUCAUAUUGUUAUCCGGGGGCGACCAAGUUUUUGUAAACAUUGAUGAUGAAGGCAUGUGUGAAGUGUCCCGUCAUGGAAAAUUCAGAGGACUUUUAUUCAUCUUUAGAACUUUACCAGAAUACCUUUUAAUCUUCCCUGCUAGCAUUCUAUCAGUUUUUGCACUUAUUCCCGUCGCGAAAAAAGUUUUCGAGAAUCGUAGACUUCAAAAUUCGCUUUCAAUUCCAUGGGCCAUAGAUAAAGAACCCGUAGAAUCACCCGUCCUACCAACUCGAGGUGGUCCGCCUCCCAAUCCUUCGAUUCCCCCAAAUGCGAAGAUGCUAUUACCAAGAAAUGUUUUAUUACGUAUGGGACUUUGGUGCUGCUUGUUAAUCAUUUUCGGCGUUCCGACUUCGAUAAUAAUAAUAAAAACAAGCAUCGACUAUUUGAUCAAUGGAAUCGUUCCAUACAGUUACUUUCCCAUCAAUACACAAUUUUGGCUAAGGAACGGUCAUGCGUUAUACAUGAUAUUAUCCUCAAGCUUAUUCUUGUUAUGCUUUGGAACCGGUGAAUUUGCGAACGAACAAUAUCGUGACUUUUGGAUAAUCAUUUUUGGUUACGUAUUUUGCAGGCCAAAAAGGUUGAAAAAAUCCAAACAACUUGAGCUCAAAUAUAAUACACGAUCGGAAUAUGAUGCAUAUUCGCACAACUCUAACCGUGUAAGCCCAACUACGACCGUAAAUACGCCCAUGUCAUACCUUUCACAUUGUCCUCGAUCACAUUCUAUGUUUUCAAAUCGUUCAUACCCUUACAGCGAUAAUUGUAGCGAUGAUUAUGAAAGCUCGGGUUAUCCAGAGGUUACCGUGAAUGAUAUUACGAGACCUAAAGAAGCCAGAUUAUCGGAUACCUUAUCAUAUGUAUGA